AUGGAAACCCUAAAAUCUGGAGGCAAAAAGAGGAUCCUUCCCUCCUGGAUGACAUCCCGGAUGACUGAGAGGAGGGUGGUGCCAGUGAAGACCCCCAAGAGGAGGAGAAUGGCAGCAGGGUCAGUGACAGCAGGUAAGUCAACCAGAACCCCUGCCAUGAAGACUGUGUACUGCUUGAAUGAAGCAGAAAUGAUGGAUGUAGCUCUGGGGAUCCUGAUUGAGAUAAAGUCAGCUGAAAAGCCCUGGGAACAGUCAUCUCUGGCAGAUGAUGAUAAGCUGGAGCUCUCCCCCAUCUGCUCCAUAUCUCCUCACACAAGUUCUUCUGGGAGCAGCAGUGAGGAAGAGGAUGGAGGGAAAUAUAGGAUUGCCUGGGGCUUCAGCCCUUCCCAGGGGAUGGAGGCUUCUAGCUCUACCUGCAGAAGCCCCAGGGAGGUGGAGGAAGAAGAUGUGUUGAAAUAUGUCAGGGAAUUUUUCAGCUAA